UAUUAUCCGAAGUCGGCGGAAACUGUCUGUAUAGAUAAUACACGUAUGAAUGCUAUAUAAAAGGAGUUAUUACAAGGUGAAAUACCCGAAAAACUAAAAUUGUAAGCAAAGUAAUUAUCCAGAAACAUUCAGCGAAUUCUGAAUUAAUAUUACAUAAUAGACAUGGCGAACAAAUGUAGUGGAGCAUCUGCAGUUGUUUCGUUAGCGUUCCUUACCAUAUUCUGUGUUACCUGUGUGUCAAGCGAAAUAGUUGGUGGACACGUUUAUUGGAAACAAAUAAUAAACAAGAAGAUAAAAAUAAUGUAUCGUUUACAAUGGGAAGGUGGAAGCGAUAAAAAUGAUUAUACAGGAAAAGGGACGAAACGCCAAGAAGGGGAUAUUUAUAUCUGCGAUGUUAAAACAUCUAAGAAGGUUGCACUCCUAAAGUUCCAAAACCUGGCGUACAAUCCAUACAGAAAAUGGACGGUAGGACGAGGUACUACAAAUUUAUCCCUCGAAGCCAAAGCAUUUCAAUUCUAUUUAGCGGAAAGGUGUAUGAGCCCGUUCCUUCGAUUGAAGGAACCACAAACGUCGAAAUGGUCAAUUUACAUUUCCGGUAAUCUAACCUCACAAUCAGGAAAUAAAUCCCCAGUAUCGUACAUGAAUCCUGUAGUACCGUUCCGCAAAGGAUGCUACCAUAAUAUUGAGAUACCAAGUAGAUUCAUGAGUAGGCAGCAGUGCAUUGAGAUUGAUGUAUACUCUGGUGAUCUUACAAAUCUGGAUGUAGUACUAGCACCACCAGCAAAAGAAAAUAACUUUAAAAUGAAGAUAAAUUUCAGCUUCGAGGUCAAAUUGCCCUCAAAAGAAGGUGUUUUUAUGGUACUUGUCGGUAAAACUCUUAAAAACCUCAGACGUGAAUUAGCGAAGAUGAUGAAUGAGAAUUACAAAGAUUUUAAUAAAAAGUUCAAAGUUUAUGACUUGGCUAAGCAGAGUACCCCAAUAUCAGUAAGCGCAGACGAUAAAAAUAGCUUCAUACUAGAUUUAGACAGUUUUCUCGGGAAUGAGGCUAUAUCGAAAAGGACUAGAUUCUUUGUUUACGUUACGUACAACCUAUGGUCUGUAAUAAAAUAUCCCCCUUGUAAGGAGUUUAGUGGCCUUAAUGAUGGAAAUGCUUAUUUGUGUGUAUUCGAUGGUAAAUCUGCUUUGUGCAAUCCAGACCUUGCCUAAGAUAAACUAGCGUGUGAAAAGACAUCAAUACGCUGUUGAAACAUAUUAUGUUAUUAUGAUCACUUUUAAGUACAUUUUAAAUGUAUAACUGACACUGGAGUUAAUUAGAAUGGAAAAAGGCAUAAGUGAAUGUUGAUCUCCUAUUCAAUUGACAGUUCACGUCUUGUAUGAAAAUAGUUUAAGCGCAUAAGGCGUACCUUACCUUACUUUAGAUGUCUUAUGUUUGUAAUGUUUGCUUUUGUAGUUAUCGUAUGUAUGAAUAAAUAAAUUAAAAAGAAAAAAAAAACAACUUUCAACAAUGUACCAACUUUAAUCAGUGAGGAUAAUACAAUCUCCAAAACGGUGGACGUCAUAGUUGACGAUCAAACGACGAGGAAAGUAUACAUUAUACGGCACUAUAUUAUACCACAUUAUUAAAGUGAACACUUAUUUAAGACAUAGGUAGUUUUCUGUAGUUUAAGUAUUAGUAAAGUGUUUGUUCAAAAGGUUAUUUUUUUUAAAGUUGAAAAUAUGAAGUCUUUUUGACAUUAUGUUGGUUCUGGAUAAUAAUUUUUAGACAUUCUAAUCGAUUUAUUAUAUUCCUUAUGACUUAAAAUAUACCUAGAUACCUUAAUUAUAACUAACAUGUUUAGUUUAAAACUUACAUUUUAGACAUUAUUUUGUUUUUCUCACAUUUAACACGAGUCAGAAAGCUUCUACCUCGUUAACAUUUUCUUACAAAUUAAAAGUUUAUGCAGACGCUUAAAA